ACCGAUUGCAUGCCUAAUGAAAACCGGUUUGCAGAUAUGACCAAUUAGCCGGUUAAGGUUCAUUAUUUGAUUAACGUUGUUCAUUGAUUUUAGAGAAAAUCAAUCAAUCACUAAAAUUAGUCGUUAAACAAAAAGCUUGCGAAGAAGAAGAAAAUGGCGGAUUUGCUUUUGAGUUCCUCUGCUCAAUCCUCUCUCCUUCACGUCAGACCCAAUCUCUUCCUACUCAAUAACUCCACUGCUUCACCGAUCCGAAGUGUCAGAUUCCAAAAUUCCAACGGUUUUCAUCCUCUGGCGUUCGCAUCUGGUCACCGACGACUUCCUCUCGGUGAAGUAGUUCCCUCUGAUUCGACUAAGACGAUCACCAGUACUAUUACUGCUAACUGCGUUGAUUCGGGUGUCAAAGCUGUUGAAGUCGAGCCUACGAUCGAUUACGGAGGUGGUGGUGGUGGUGGAAUUGGAGGUGAUAAAUUUGGCGGCGGUGGUGGAGGCGGCGAUGGAAAUGACGACGGAGAAGAUGGUGAUAAGGAAGAGAGUGACGGGAAAAAAGGCACGCCUCUGUCUAUGUCGCAGAAAUUGACUCUUGGUUACGCUUUUCUCGUUGGAGUUGGUGGGCUGAUGGGUUAUCUGAAGAGCGGUAGCCAGAAAUCGUUGCUUGCAGGUGGACUAUCAGCUGCUGUUCUGCUGUAUGUCUUCAGCCAGCUCCCAACAAAACCUGUUCUUGCAUCAACCGUUGGCGUAGUGAUGGCGGGUGCAUUAACGUACGUGAUGGGAACCAGAUACAUGGGAUCGAAGAAGAUAUUCCCGGCUGGAGUCGUACGAGCUCGAGCUGUCUCUCUCACCGUGACUGCGAGUGGAAGUUACAAUCGCAGUAGAAACGAUAAGGUUUACACGAGGCUUGAUUCUUGUCUAGUGAUUCCUCCUCCUCCUAGAUUCAAGAAACCGCGUGCUAUUGUUAAGUUCUUGGGAGGUGCCUUCGUCGGAGCAGUUCCUGAACUCACUUACAGUUACCUCAAGGAGCUACUGGCAAAGGAAGGGUAUUUGAUAGUAUCAGUGCCGUACAAUGUUACAUUUGAUCAUGAACAAGCUGCUAAGCAGGUUUAUGAGAGGUUUAAUUCCUGCUUGGACACGAUUGUCUCUUCUGGAAUUCCAAAUGCAAAUUUGAAGCCUGAAGAUCUAGCUGACCUUCCUCUUUUCUCAGUUGGUCACAGUAAUGGUGCGCUGCUGCAAGUUUUGACCGGAAGUUAUUUUGCUGAGAAGAUACCAAAGGUUAAUGCCAUCAUUUCAUUCAACAACAAAUCAGCGACAGAGGCAGUUCCAUAUUUUGAGCAGCUUGGUCCUCUCAUCCAGCAGAUGCUGCCAAUCGUGGAAGCUUCUCCAGUAUAUGAAAUGGCUCGAAAUGCUUCAGGUGAUGUUUUGAAACUCUUACUUGACACAGCUGGGACAACGAUUCUAAAUAAUGAUCAAGAAGCUCUUAAGUCAUUUACUAAAUUGGUGGAUCAAUUGCCCUCAGUGUUUGGUGAGGUAGGACAAGGAGUGUCGGAAUUCAGACCGUCACCACUUGAGAAUCGCAAUUGCUUCAAGUGCUCCUACAGCGUUCCACACACUUUACUGGUACAAUUCAACUCCGAUGCAAUCGACGAGACUGAUUUGCUUGAAGAAACCCUUAGGCCUCGGAUAGAAUCUAUUGGUGGUACACUUGAAAAGGUUCGGCUGAACGGAAACCAUCUCACACCUUGCAUACAGGACCCAAAGUGGCAAAUUGGGUCCGUGUACACGCCAGCAGACGCUGUGGCUCAGGCGCUAAAGACCAUUCCUCUUAGCGAAACUCGAGUUCUUUCCAGGACGAUCGUUGACUGGUUUAGACGGUUUGAGGAUUAGCCUGUCUCAUGUAUUGUUGAAGCAAUGUAAGGAUGAGAUAUACAUUGACGAACAAGACCAGCCUUAAUCAUCCUCCGGUCAUACAUCCUUGUCUGAACCAAAAAAUAAUUGGUAACAUGUGUG